AUUCUUUACGUAAUUACUCGCGCCAACCAAAAUCCAACUCACUUUUCUCUUUCCCUUUCUCCCUAACAAACCUCCAUCGUUAUCUUAUUAUACCCUUUCUCCUUUCUCCCUCAUAAAAUCUCUAGACAGAUUACAUAAAUUGAAUACCUGCAUACAAAUUAAAGGAAAUAUAUAUUAUAUACAAAAGGGUUCUUUUGAUUGAAAUGACGACGGUUUUGGAGAAGAGAGAGGCCGCAGCCGCCGAGGAGGAGGAGGAGGAGGAGGAAAGGUUGUUGAUGGAGGGAGUGGCCGUAUUGGAUUUUGAUAUGUUGUGCUCCACGGUUGCCAUGCAGGCCCAAAAGGGGACUUGGGGAAAAUUGAAUGAAAGCAACGAAGAUGAGGAAGAAGCCAUUUUAUUUAAGAAUAAUGAGAACGGAGGCGGAGUGUUUAGGAUGUGGGAAGGUGAACUUAUCUACGAUUGCUUCGAUCAUCGCCAAAUCGCUCUGCAAUCCACAUGCUGUCCAUGUUAUAGAUUUGGAAGGAACAUGAAACGAGCUGGUUUUGGUUCUUGCUUUCUUCAGGGAUUUUUUUACUUGAUUCUUCUUGUCAUUGCCCUCUCCAACCUGCUAGCAUUCAUUAUCACCAGGCGAAGCUGGUUUUUAUAUUUGGCCAUUGCUUUCACUUUGUCAGUCGGAACUUACGUGGGAUUUUACCGCUCUCAGAUUAAGAAAAAAUUCAACAUAAAAGGUAGUGAUAGUUCUUUGGAUGACUGUGUUUACCAUCUGAUUUGCCCAUGCUGCACUUUAUCUCAGGAGUCCAGAACUCUGGAGAUGAACAACGUCCAAGAUGGCACAUGGCACGGUAGAGGUGAUACAGUAUGUGUCGGAAGCUUCUCUGAGGGUAACAAGGCAUUAUUCGAGUUUAGUCCACCUUUUGCCAUCUCAACACAGUCUCCUGAAUGCCAUACGAUGCAGAAAACUUCAAUCAAUCAUUUGUCUACUUCCAUAGUUGUGGAUUCUUCUCCUUUGGUCCCAUCAUCUGAUUAAUGGUUCAUUUUUUCGAUAAGUAACCUCCAUAUGCUUCCUCCAGAAGGCCAAAGGGUUUUCCAGGAUUUGCUUUGAUUGUGCUGAAUAAGUUGCAUUGCUGCUUGACAAUGGAGGAUUCUUUCUUCCAACGUUAUUUGAAGGACUGAACGAGUAAUUCUGAAGUGGUUCCAGUCACUGUUGUAGUCUGCUUGGAAGAGCACCAUUCUCGUGUCUGUAGGUGAAUAGAAAGGAAAUGUAUAUAUAAUUAUUCAACACAUAAAUAGAACUUGUUCAUGGAUUGAUUAGUGAAUGGAAGGUGUUUUUGUGAUUGAGGAGUUUGUGUGUGCAAUUCUUGUCUUCUUGGUAUAAGAUUGCGAGAAUGGAGCUUGGUGA